CACCUUAUCUGGCAAGGCUGGGCGUCAAAUGGACUUUGUGUGCUGCGCUGGUGUUUGUUUCAUAUGUCCCUUUAACGUUGACAGUACUUCGCUCAUGGCUAGCUUGUUUGCUAACUGCGGCUAACUUCGAUUUGUCCCCUGUAGCUGGAAACUGUUGGCGAUAAAAACGUGCUUAAUUAGAGCUAGGGCACACGGUAGCUAUUCAGGUGUGUGGUUUUAGUGUGCCCUUUCAUGUGUGUUCAUUUUUAAGUAACUUUAGCUAUGCAUUUUGUUAACUUAUGCUAACUUGAAAAAGUUAUGUACGAAAAAACGACUUUAUUUGACACAUUUUUGUCCCUUAGUAAAGAUAUAACACCUGUAAAAGUUCGCACUUGUAUUUUUGAGUGAGUUUGAGUAAAUUACUUUGCUGCCUGUCAGUUUAUAAGUUCCAACAGGUGUCUCGGCUGGUGUUGCCCAUCCCCCAAACACGUACACACACACAGCCUCAGGCACACAUCACCCUCCCCGUGUGCUAACAUACCUCUCUAGAUUGAUCAGUAACAAACUGUGGGGUGUUGUAAAAGGACGCUAGCUGGACCCGUGAGCACAUACAAACACGCAAACACUUGUGUGUGUCGUGGCUCUCUAUUUCAGGCUUGGGUCUCGUCAUCCUGUGGGGAUAUCAGGCUACCUAAGCCUGGCAGUGAGAAGGCAGAGCAGCACUGGCAGUGUCGGUGGCCCCCAGAGACUGGAAUGACAUAUUGGCAAGCGUAGGAAGGUGGAGAUGUUGGCAUCAGCCAUAUGGUGGUGUCGCCUUUUUUUUUCCUGUAGCACCAUCAGAUUAUUUUUAGUGUUUGCUAAAUUUGCUGCUGUAGUUGUUGAAUGAAGAAAGGUAGCGGUGAGGGAGGCAGUGGAAAAAUAUGGGUUUGGUUUUAGACUACAAUGAUGUCAGCAAGAAUUUUAAUUACAGCCACACUCCACAGCUAUUUGCCAGCUCAUUUCUGCUCUGAGUAAUAUUGUUGUUAACCAGAGUCUGAAUACAGAUCUAUAUUGAGAGAGAAAAGUGUGGUUGCAAGUGUUACUGUCCAUCAGCAGUUUGUCUAGUGAAACACAUCAGCCCUGCUGGUAAUAAGAGGUGUGUUUUAUUUUAAUGUUGACUUUGAGGCACACCCCUCUGCUUGUCUCAACCUGCAUUGGCACUUGGAAUGAAAUUUUGUGCUUAACGCAGCCGGCUUCAUGAGCGUCAAACUGGAAUCACCUGAGUCCCAAUGUAACCCAGCCAAACACGGGCAUUCAGGAAGUAUGGCUGCAGCCUUUGCCUAUGCCUGUUAUCGCGGUGUACAGACUUGCUGCAAUGAAAGGAAAGUUGCAGGAAAAGAAUAAAUGAAGGCAAAUAUUUUAUAGUAGUGUGUAGCAUUAGACAAUGGGAUGUUAAAAUAUGUAUGUUACACAAUGGCUAACACUGUUCUCUAAUCAUAUCCUAUUUGGUGUAAAACUAAAUCAAGCAUGUUUGUUCUUUGGCUGCAUAAUCAGUUUCCUUUGUUUGUAUAUUCCUAACUUCCAGGGAGAUGUGAGUAAUGCCAGCAGUGCUUCAUUAAGGUCUGAAUAAUUAAUAAUUCGGCCUAAUAUGUCCACUCUAGUCAAUGAUUUAACUAUUUUGUGGGACAGAUGGACAUUGCUCACUUAAAAGAGUUUAAGGGUUAACAAAAGUCCUUGUUCAGCUUUGGGGGCAUUAGGUACUUUUUCAGUUUGGAAGAGAAAAUAAAGGAUUAAUUAAAAGAUUGCUGUUUGUUUUCAGAUAUAAAAACGGAUCAAGCCACAGUAGUCUUACCUGGUUGAUUUCAACCCCACUCAGUGUGGUAUGGCCUCACAAGUCUUGGUCUACCCAUCACAGAUGCACUCAGCUCAAACAAGUGCCUUAGGAACCAGCAGUAGUGGUACCAGCAGACAUAUAGGUGAAGCCCACCGCAGUAAUAACACCAGCAGAGCCUUUCAGCACCGACCACCACCCAAAACCUAUGUGAUCGGAGUCAACUACGGUAUUGCAUAUCCCAACAACGUUGUCCCAUCCUCAGUCGGGGCUGAUUCAGGGAGACUGCACGCAGGAAUACAGCUCGGAGAAGGGGGGCUGUGGGCAUUGCAGACUGCAGGAAUACAGAGUGAAGAGAACCUAGGAGAAGGUCCAACUCGGACCCAGGAUCAGCAGUCUCUUUGCCAGAGCAGAGGCAGAGGCCCACAGGAAGUGAGGCUUUAUAGGGACAGUGGUGGUACUCCAGCAGGAGGAGGCCUGGACUGUGGGCUGCUGAGUAGGGCCUGUAUCAGAACGCAAGAGGACGGUGGUAGAAACAGAAGAGUACCGAGGCCAGGAGGAUACACCAAACUUUUAGACACAGCUGCCAUCCAGAAAUGUGAAAAGAAGACAGGUGAAAGUGGAGAACAACUGCAGGGAAACAACUGUGUCGGAACCAUGCAGAUAGUGGAGGAGGUAUCUGCUCUGCCUUCACUUCCUCCUCCGGUGGCCAUGUUGCAAACCAACACUGGGAACUUUGCAGAUACUGUCAGAUUAGGAGGUGGAGGGAUGCCUGCUCAACACAACAGGGUUGAAGGUGUGACAGACAUUGGAAUCAGGGUGGAUGGAACUGAAAUCAGGCCAAAUGGCAGUAACGAGGCAGUGGCUGGAGCUACAGUGACUAGAGCUGGGUCAGGAGAUGGUGACUACCAGUUAGUUCAGCAUGAGGUUCUGUGUUCCCAGAAGAACAGCUACGAGGUUUUGGAGUUUCUGGGUCGUGGCACCUUUGGCCAGGUGGUAAAGUGUUGGAAGAGGGGAACGAGUGAAGUGGUAGCUGUUAAAAUACUGAAGAACCAUCCGUCUUAUGCACGUCAGGGACAGAUUGAGGUUGAGAUAUUGGCACGGUUGAGCAGUGAGAAUGCAGAGGAGCACAAUGUGGUGCGUGCUUUGGAGUGCUUCCAGCACCGCAGCCACACCUGCCUGGUGUUUGAGAUGUUGGAGCAAAAUCUGUAUGACUUUCUUAAACAGAACAAGUUCAGCCCACUGCCACUCAAAAUCAUCAGGCCUAUUCUGCAACAGGUGGCAACAGCCCUAAAGAAGCUCAAGUCUUUGGGUUUGAUUCACGCUGACCUGAAGCCAGAGAACAUCAUGCUGGUUGACCCCUCCAGACAGCCCUACAGAGUCAAAGUCAUUGAUUUUGGCUCAGCCAGCCAUGUCUCUAAGGCUGUCUGCUCCACUUAUCUGCAGUCCAGAUACUACAGGGCUCCAGAGAUUAUUUUGGGCCUGCCAUUUUGUGAGGCCAUAGACAUGUGGUCGCUGGGAUGUGUGAUAGCUGAGCUCUUCUUGGGUUGGCCUCUCUACCCUGGAGCACUGGAGUACGACCAGAUCCGGUACAUCUCUCAGACUCAAGGCCUGCCUCCCGAGCAGCUGCUCAACAAGGGGACCAAGACUUCUCGUUUCUUCUCCAAAGAAUCAGAUUCUCCCUAUGCAUCGUGGAGACUAAAAACAACAGAGGAGCAUGAGAAAGAGACAGGACUUAAAUCCAAAGAGGCCAGAAAGUACAUCUUCAGCUGUCUGGAUGACAUAGCCCACGUGAACUUGGUGCUGAGUCCUGAUAACGCUGACAUGCAAGCAGAGAAGGCAGACAGGCGGGAGUUUGUGUCUCUGCUUAAGAGCAUGCUGUUGAUCGAUGCCGAGGACAGGACUGUUCCCACCAGUGUCCUCAGUCACCCCUUCCUCACUAUGACUCAUCUUCUGGACUACCCUCACAGCAACCAUGUGCAGUCAUCUUUCCGCAUCAUGGACAUGUGCCACACUCGGUCCAGCAAUGCAGUUUUUGACGCUCUCAACCAGAACACCAUUCAUUUCUCAAGGCCACCUCUAGCUCCCACUGCCUCCUCUGGCCUCCUGGGCUACAGCAACAUACCAAUCCACACUCAGCAGGCUAUCACCCAGUCGGCUCCAUCAGUGUUGCAUCCGGGGAUAGCUCUGACAACCGGAAAUGGUCAGUUUGGGUGCAGUGACUCAUUCCCACCUGCCCUCCUUCUUUGUCCUCCAACCAUGCAAGGCAACCUUAAUCAGCCAGCAGGUUAUUCUGUCCCCAUGGCAACUCAGGCACCUCCUAUACAACCCUUACCUGUGAGGCCUGGUGUAAUAGCUCAGCAGGCCUGGUCUAACCGGGGGCAGCAGCUCCUUGUCCCAGCAGCCUGGCAGCAGAUGACUCCAGUAGGGCCUCCUCCCUCUCACCCACCACCACCACCACCAUCCUCCCUAACCAAGGACACCACAGCUGGACCUCAGCGAAUCAGCGACUGGGGGAAAGUGCGUCCACACAACAGCCACUAUAACGCAGUGAUCAAACAACCUCUUCUGACUAAUCAGAUGCCAGCCCUCUCGGCCCAUCAGCCGAUCAACAUCGGCAUAGCUCACGUUGUGUGGCCACAGCCAACCAAUAAAAGGAACAGGCACAGUCACAACAGGAACCUGUCUCACUCCAGCAACGUCCACAUCACUGGAUGUCGGACCCCCAAAAUGGCUGAUGCUGUUGAGCAGGCAGUGGCAGGAAGGGAGCAGCCUCAAAGGGAGGUGCCUUUAGUGGAAACCAGGCAACCAGAAGUUCAAAACACAGAUGAGGAUGAUGAUGAUGCAGAGGAGGAAGUGAGCUGCUUCAAAGAGGUGGCGACGAACGCUAAUAGAGAGUCGGACUUGCUCAGGCAGCGAGAUGUGGCGGUUCUGAUGGCCGACACUGACGGGAGCCCCACGCCCAGCGUUAUCAGCAUCCGCAGUGAUCUGACAGAUGCAGAGGAUGAGGGUGGGGAGGAGCAACCACUGAGGUGCCGUCUGAAUGAGUGCAAAGAGAAGUGUGUGUGUGAGGCUUGCGGAAACACCAGUUUGUCUAUGGAGAGAGUGUGCUCACUGAGCAGCCCCGACAGCAGCCUCAGCACCAGUUCGUUUGCCUCCAACUCUCUUCAGUCCAGCCCUUCAGUCUCACCAUGCAAGAGAGCCAACAGCAUGUCUGAGGAUGAUGGUCACGAGAGCGGCUGUGACACAGUGGAAGGCUCCCCCUCAUCCGACACGUCGACUUCCCCUCGCGGCAACAAUUCCUAUCGUUACCUUGACAACAGUAACCACAACAACCACCCGUCUUUGGCUGCCGUAGUAGCGCCACUACCUUCGCCUACUGUGCAGGGCAGGAGCCCACGUGGCAUCAGGACAAUGGUAGUUCCACCAAUGAGAGUGCAGAAUAACAACACUCAGGGGAUAGAGGAGCGUGUCCAGAGAAACGUCUUAGAGUCCUGGUCCCGGUCCAAAGGGCGAUGCAGCUUCGUAGGACAACAGAGCACUCCCUCCUCCAUCCCCCUCCUCCCAUCUGCCCCCCUGCUGUCCCGACAGCAAAAGGUGACUGGGCAGCAGCACCCUCUGGGCUUUGGACAGGUGCAGCCGUACGCUUCAAACCAGAGCAGCAAAGAAUGGAACGGCAACUAUGGGCCUCUGCGGCCGCACGCCUACAUUCCCCCUACUGUCCACACACACACCUUCAGCCCCACACACACCUCAGCCGCCCCCCACACUCUGCUGUCCUACCCUCCCAGCGGCCCACUCACCACCGCCCACCAUCCCCACCCCAUCCUGCCUUCUCGCCCACCUCCUCCCCCUCUCCUCCAGCAUGGCUACGGUCUUUCCCACCCCCAAGGAGGCGCUAUAGUUCACCAGGUGACCCUGAGCAUCAGCGCCCACCCUCACCACCCUGGACACCCCGCUCCCCACCCUCACAGGCUCCUCCCUUCCCCAACCAUCCACCCGCACCACCAGCCUGGAUACGCCGCCCACCCCCACCAGUUCAAGCCUCCCUUCCCUCCUCCACCGCCCCCUCCUCACCCUUACAUGGCCUCCCCAGCCGCCUACACAGGCUUCCCUCUGAGCCCCACCAAGCUCAGCCACCACCCCCAGUUCUCUUAUAUCUGAGGAGCAGGGCGGGGCCACAGCAGUACCUUCUGGUCAGGAAGGGCCACGGGAAGUGGACAGGGGCAUCAACCUGGGCCGGAAGAGCUAGCAGCAGAGCACAAAAUGGACGCAUGUAAUGAUGAAGAUGAGCAAGAAGAAGAUGGGACGAUGGAAAACAACGUAUCAUAGCGGACAGAGUAAGAAAAAAAGUAACAAUGCCGAAGAUGACGUUAAAGUUCGGAGGACAAAGAAAUUCCCAGCCUGUAAUCCCAAUUCCUUGAUUAUGUUUUGAUUGUCGGAGCAUCUUGAGCUCUGAAAGACUCUCCGUGAAAUCGACUAACAGAAGUAAUAAUAGAUUAGAACCGCAAAGCUUUAAAGAGAGCACAACGGGAGUGAAUGAAUUCAUAUGACAAUAAGGAAAUUUUAAUUAAGAAUGUGUCCUUUGCAUGUUACCUCCCAUCAGUGGUUGUUUUUCAGAGAGUAUGAUCUAAUUCACGGCUGGAAAUCAGUAGUUGUUGCUGUCAGGCGGCCCAGCCUCUCUCCCCCUUUAUCCUUAUUGCCUUGUAGCAUGUACAAGCCGGUCAGAUUGUGUUUGUUAAGCCAUCCCAGUGUGUAUCGACGACCGCUGAUAGCCCCCCACCCCCUCUUUGUUUCGGGCAGACUGUACUGCUGCCCUCUCUUAGUGCCUUAAAACGAGUGUCUCUGACGUUACUUCAGGAGCUUAUACAGUAGAUUGUACAUUUAAAUAGUCUUGCAGCACUUAACCUACAGAGUUUAAAUAAGAUGGGCUUAUUGGAUACAUAUGAGGUUAAUCCUUGUUUUUAUGUUAUAAUAUUGGCAAACGUUGGACUUGGGUGUGCUUUCUAAGUCAGAGUAUGGAUUUCUUUUAGCUAGAGGCUGCACACAUAGGGCUUUGACUGAAUGAGCUUUUUAUGUACAUAAAGAGUGAUUUGAUAUUUUGAUAAUCGUUUUCUAUUCACUAUAAUACUUAAUUCACAACAGUAUUGUCACUGUUUACUGUAACUGCAAUACAAUCUAGAUAGACUCUGGGUUGCUGUGUUUUUAUUAUUUGGCAUUUAGGCUAGACUUGCAUUAAUGCAUUUUACGUUCUAGAUUUUGGGAGUGGCAUAGACUUUAAAAAAAACAUGAAUUUUUAUGUUUUUACUUUAAACUGCUUUUCAGUGUUUGAAAUAACCUAUCAACUUACAGUAUCAGUGCUGGGCUAUCGAGUAUUAGAGUUAUAAUCGUUUGAAAUUAUUCAUGUGAGGCAAACCUUUUUUUUUUUUU